AUAGACAGACCCCACCGUAGCUUUAGCUCCUUUUGUUUGCUAGCUUGUUUAUUUGUGUGACGCUGCUGUAAUAAAGGAAGUUAUUUGAGAAAGGCAUACGCGUAUUUCAAGCUGACAACUUCGAGUAGGUGUCACCGUGGUCCUCUGUUUUUUUUAGUGACUCUCAACAGACUGUUUACAAAACCGUUGGCAGCUGUCGGGGCACCAGCAGAGCUACCAAUUGUGUUGCGUGUAGGGACAACAUUUUACAUUUCACACGACUGUACGCGGCUGAGAUUAAAUUAAGCUCCACACACUCUCAGGACCAUGGCAGUUUUACUACAGCGCCCCCACGCGGCUGUGGCCUGUCUGCUCUUCUUGUACCACUUGACCAGUGUCCUGUCCAUCCCAGACCCCAGGCUGAGAGAGGCCCUCAUAAAGCUGGAGGCCUCCAUGCAGACAGGUGGGCAGGUGGUGUUGACUGAUGCAGAGAAGCGGCUGGACGCUGUCCUGUUUAAGAUGAAGCAGGAUGAGAUGGUGAGAGCAGACUUUCCUCCUGCUUUGCACUUCUUCAAAGCAAAGGACCUCAUAAAGGCCAGUCCCAUCUUCAGCCUGUUCCAGAAGAUGCCUAAAGGUGGAGCUCUCCAUAUCCAUGACUUGGCCAUGGUAGACGUGGAGUGGCUUGUGAAGAACGUGACCUAUCGGCCCCACUGCUACAUGUGCAUCACCGACAACAAGUCCAUCAGAUUCAUCUUCUCGUCCAAAGAGCCCAAAGCUCUGCCACAGUGCUCUGCCUGGACCCUACUGGAACACCUUAGGGCCAAGAUGAUCAAUGUCACAGAUCUCGAUAACAGCAUAAUGGCCAACAUGACGCUUGUCACUGAUCAGGAUCCAGAAAUGGUGUACCCCAGUCAGGAUGUGAUAUGGGCUAAGUUUGAGGAGGCCUUCCUUGCACUGUGGGGACUGGUGACAUACGCUCCUGUGUUCAGAGACUAUUACUACCAAGGUCUCACCGAGUUCUACGUGGACAACGUCAUGUACCUGGAGCUGCGAGUUUUACUCCCAGAGAUAUAUGAGUUGGACGGCAGCACUCAUGACACAGUCUGGACUCUGAAGACCUACCAGGAAGUCACCAAACAGUUCGUAGCAGACCACCCAGACUUCUUUGGAGCAAGAAUCAUCUUCACAAUCCAUAGAGGAGUAAAUGCAUCUGUGAUGGCCAGAACUGUGGAGAAGGCUAUGAAGCUCCAGAAAGACUUCCCCGAUAUCAUGGCUGGUUUUGACGUGGUGGGCCGCGAGGACAGUGGCAGACCCCUGUGGUACUUCAGAGAUGCCUUGUCACUGCCAGCAGAGAGAGGGGUGACACUUCCUUUCUUUUUCCAUGCUGGAGAGACCGAUCUGGAGGGUACGGAGGUGGACCAGAACCUGUUGGAUGCUCUCUUGUUUAACACCUCCCGUAUUGGCCAUGGCUUUGCUCUGCUCCGACACCCAGUGGCCAAAGACCUAUCCAGAAAGCAAGGGGUGGCUCUGGAAGUGUGUCCCAUCUCCAACCAGGUGAUGAAGCUAGUAGAUGAUAUGCGAAACCACCCAGCAGCUGCACUGAUGUUAGAGAACCACCCACUGGUCAUCAGCUCUGAUGACCCUGCCAUGUUCGGUGCCACUGGACUCUCUUAUGACUUCUAUGAAGCUUUUGUGGGCUUUGGUGGGAUUAGCUCCCAUCUAGGCUCCCUCAAACAGCUGGCCAUAAACUCUAUUAGGUACAGUUCAUUGACUCCAAAGCAACAGGACAAAGCCCUGGAUCUGUGGCAGAGGAGAUGGGAUAAGUUUGUCUCUGAGAAUGUUUUUUAGAUAGAAACUGGGAUUGUCCGUAGGGCAAUCUUGAAAUGCUUUGAUGCUUCCUUUGAGAAAGGACUGCCUUGUAAUGUAUAAAUGUGAAUGUAAAAUGUGGUAAACAGUGCUGGGCAGGUGAGCAGGAUUGUGGUAGCAGGAAAUACGAGACAGCAGAGCUAGUUUGGGGUCAGAUAUUGUCACAAUUUGACAUGGGAUAAUGACGGAAAUGAUGACUGAAUAUCCUAGUGUUUUAAGUAACACCUGUGCUUAUCUGAGGGGUGGGCACGUUAGGAUUUAAUACUGAUUCAGAGCAGUACGAUGUGAUUUUAAAAUGAUAAUUGAUGCAUCUGUAUAUUUCUAUACAUGAUUUUUUUCUCGCUCUGUGACUACUUGAUACUCUUAAAGUGCAGCAUAUUUGUAACGAGCUGUAAGUGAUAUAAACUGAUGGAUUUACUUCCAUUAGCUGUUAGUAUUAUAAAGGUAGUAACUAAUGGCAACGACUUUAAGUUUUUAAACCAGGAAGUGCCAGUCGGUCUGUAUCUAACUGUGGUUGCUCACACUUAGUUAUCCUUACCAAAACUGAAGAAACAGCCCAGCUUAGAACGUAAACACAAUGCACAUUUACAUCCAUUACAUUUCACCAUCCACUUUGUUCAGCUGUUAGGAACGUACAACCUGGUCUUCCAAAAUUAUUACAGGUGAACUUAAUGUUGAGAAUUGGCUUUUAAAUUUCCGAUUAUUUACUUUUUUGCAUCAAGAAUCUUUCAAGAGAGAACUGCAAUGCAUCUAAGAAUCGAUUUGUCCCUUAGCUUUCCCUACAUUCACCACUUCACAUCUGCUGUGAAAACACCAAUUGUUCCACACUGCUGCAAGGUGGAGUCGGCUAUUCACAGGGAAUAAACUGGAGAUAUUGAAACAUGCCUGAUAUGCUGUAUGUCUCAUAAAAUUUAGGGGAAUUACCUGAACUGCGCACAUGAAAUAGUUACAAAGACAUUUUGUUUCGUCUGUUCUCAUUAAGAGUUUUUGAUGUAUUUGCACUUUAAGGGACAUGUUGCCUUUGUUUUUGGGGACGGUAACAGUGCCAGGCAGCAUUGUUAACUAGUUGUGGUGCUAAAUGUUGUAUGAUUUCUCUUUGAAGUGUGUUUGUGGUUGCUUGUGCUUUGUAAGAGUGUUUUAUAUGGCUUGUUAAAAAGGCUGUUGAAUCCUGUGGGCUUGAAAGACUGUAUACUUUUACAGGAUUUUUACCUGAAUGUCAUUUUUUGGAUUUUCAGCAUGCAUAUAGAAAAUGGCACAUCUGAGCUUUUGCUCAUGUACGCACAUUUUAUGUAAUCUAUGAGAAAACACUCCCUAAGAAGCAGACUAUCAUUCAUGUGAACAGCAUCAUCCAGGCGAAUUUGAAUGUUGUGAACUGCUGAAUUUAAAUUUGACAUUAUUAAAGACAACUGUUGAUUUAC